AUGAUCAACACAAGCAUUUCUCCGGAAGGCGAAUCUACCGAUCGACAAGCAGUCCGAAUCGCCGAACUGGAGGACAAGCUCGCUACUUACGAAGCUCGUAACUAUGAGCGCAACCGUAAGAUCCGUGGCUGUGCCACUAUCAUGCUCAGUGGUCUAUCACUCUUCAUUUUCACGUCUAAAGCACUUCAUUUGGAUGUCUGGCUUAGUAUGACAUUUCUUAUAGCCUUUAUGAUCGCUGGCGCAACACUGUGUGAUAUAAUGGUCAAGCAAGGACAAAAUAUUCCAGAGCAGCGAUCUGAUAGAAUAAACGCGUGCAAUUGUAAUCAGUGUCAAAAGAGCACGACGGCGCUUCGGGGAGGGAAAGCAAGAAAUGAGAGAUGUAUGGGCUAUAUGAACUUGACAACUAACAACUACCGUCUAUUACUUGGUUCUCAACAAAUUGAGUCUUACACGGCUUAG